CCCAGAUCGGACGAGACGCGCCACAGCAAGAAUCCUUCUCCUUCGCGCUUCUUUCGGGGCAUCCCAUCAUCUCCAUCUCAUCAGAUCUGCCCUCCUCCCUCCGGCCUUCAGCUGUCGUGAAUCCGAGACCCUCCCCCUGCCUUUGACAAGCUUGAGUCACUCACCCUUAUCAGACAAGAGAGAGAGAUGAAGCACCUUGUGGCAGCAGCUGUGCUGGUGCUGGUGGUGGUGUCGGUGCCGCUGUGCGUGAGCCAGCUGCACUUCCCCAUCCACGAGCACUCCCACGUGACCUUCCCCAUGAUCAAGCAGCGGACGCUCUACAAGGAGUACUCGCCCUAUUGGGAACUCGAGGUCAGCCAGGGAUGGUAUGGCAGAAGGGAAGGCACAUGCGCCAGCUGACUGUGCUGUGUGUCUCUCUCUCUGGGUGGGGUCUCGUUUGUGUGUGCAGCACAACCCGAAGCGCAAGAUGGCUCUGCUCAUCGAUGACAUGCAGGUAUGGUACUGACAGGAUAGAAUAGACACACACAUGCACAUGCACAAGCACAAGCACACCAAGCCAUGACAUGAGUGCAUCUCUCCCUCUGCCCUGCCUGUCUCUGUGUGUCUGUUCUGUCCGUCUGUGUGUCUUGUCUGUCUGUGUGUGUCAGGAGGAGCACCGCACGUACUUCUCCCCCCGUGCCGUGCAGCAGGCCCAGAAGAUCUUGGCUGCCUUCCGUCGCCACAACCUCCCCAUCAUCUGGUCGUUCUGGAGCCGCACAUACGGCGACGGCCGACAGGGGUCCGUCGACCGCUUCUACGGCGACACGGGCCUGGGCAGCUCCGCAAAUCCAUGCGUAGGCACGCACCCACAACACACACAGAUGUAUGUAUGUAUGUAUGUGUGUGUCUGUUGGUUGCAUUGUCCCACCCCACCGUGUGAUGUGAUGCAAUCAGUACGUGUGGGAGGCGGACGGUCUGAAGCUGAUGCCCGAGGUGGCGCCGCACUACAGCCACGAGUGGGACAACACGGUGGCCAGCGACCACUACGACAUGUUCUCAAAUCUCGGCAAGCACGGCGAGUCCGUCGUCUGGGAGAUCCUCAAGGGCAACGAUGUCGACACCGUCAUCGGUCAGUCAGGGAGGGAGGGAAGAGGGGCGUAUUGUGUUGCGCUUGAUUGAGCUGGUGUGUGUGUGAUUGUGUGUGUGUGUUAGUUGUGGGUGCGUGGACUGACAUGUGCAUCCUGACAACGGCUCUGUCGGCCUUCCAGAAGGAGUACGACGUCAUUGUGCCGCGCGAUGCCGUCGGGACUCCCACGCCUCACGGCCGAUCAGCACUGGAGAUUCUCAACUCGGUGACCGAGCGAGCGACCUGAGAGAGGCAAAGCCCGGUGUGGACUGCUUCGUGUGUGUGUGUGUGUGUUGGACUGACUGAUAAGGUGUGUUGUCACACGUUUCCUGUGGCCGAGAUCGUGCACUUCCUGGACCACGGACGACACCCAGCCAACGAGACCGUCGCCAGUGCCUGACAGACUGCACCUUACCAUACCUUACCAUACCUUCCCUCACUGACUAACCUAACCUGACUGUAUGCUAUCUCUGCCAUUUCUUCAGCACGACGUGCGCUUGCCUGUGUGUAUGUGCACCGUCAUGUAUACUCUUUAUGUGCGUCUGGG